GGCCCCGCGGGCCCGGGCGAUGAACGGCCUCGGCGCGGCGGCGGCGGCGGCGGCGGCGGAGGAGGGGGACGAGGACGAGGACGCCCGCCCGGCGCCGCCCGCCGCGCCCGCCGGCCCCGGCGUCCAGGGCGGCCAGAGCUGCUGCCUCAUCGCCGACGGCCGGCGCUGCGGGCGGCCCGCGGGCAACGCGUCCUUCAGCAAGCGCGUGCAGAAGAGCGUCUCGCAGAAGAGGCUGCGGCUGGACAUCGACCGCGCCGUGAGGCAUCUUUACAUCUGCGACUUCCACAAGAACUUCAUCCAGAGUGUGCGCAACAAGAGGAAGCGGAAGACCAGUGACGAUGGAGGCGACUCUCCUGAGCAGGACGUGGAUGUGCCUGAGGUGGACCUGUUUCAGCUGCAGGUGAACACUCUUCGGCGUUAUAAACGCCAUUACAAGCUACAGACCCGGCCUGGCUUCAAUAAGGCACAGCUGGCGGAAACGGUGAGUCGGCACUUUCGGAACAUCCCUGUGAAUGAGAAGGAGACCCUGGCCUACUUUAUCUACAUGGUGAAGAGCAACAAAGGGCGGCUGGACCAGCGGGCGGAGGGCGGCAAGCCUGAGUGACAGUUACUCUUUGAAUACGGCUUGGCUGACCCAGGCAGAGGGUGAUAAGCCCAGUGACACUCAUUGGCCCUGUGAAUGCGGCAGCAAAGACUGCGGGACCUGGUGUGGUGGGCUCCCAUGUGAGCAGACCCUUCUGCAUCGGCCAGCCUCCCUCUCCUCACAGCCUCUGCUUCUUUCUGCUCACCUUUCCCGUUGCCUCUGUAUGCUGAGCAUACUUCAUGCGCCAGCAGUGCCAGCAGGAGUGGGGUCAAACCCCUUGGAACUGCCCCACAUGCCUAUCCCGGGUACAGCCUUGAAGGAUGGACACACUACAGUGGGUAGGAAAAAGGCCUGGGCUAGCAGGAGUCAUGGAGCUGGGCCUCAGGCUUGUUCUGUGAGCAGUCAUCCUCCCGGCCAAGGGGAAGACUGGUAAAAUGAUGUUUUGUUUUUUAUGAAAUGACCUGAUUUUUUUUUUUUUCAAUUAACUUGGGGUCAUGGCAUGACUCAGUGGUGGCCCACUGACCUCUCUGGAUCUCUGGGUUCACCCCAGAAGCAACAAAACAGAAACACAAGUUCGCAUUCUCUCAGCCAAAGCAUCCUCUGAAAACAAAGCUUUAUGGCCCAGAA